AUGGGAGCUUGCUGCGGGAAAAAUAAAAAGCCUACUCAGACACCAAAGCCAACUACUCAGCCUAAACCAGUCACAAAUCUUCAAGCUCCUCCUGCAGUUGAAAAACCUCCAGCCCCAGUCGUAGUUUCUCAGCCUCCUCAAGUGAUUUCCAUAUUCAAACCAAUCCCAAAUUCCCGCAAAGUCUUUUUCUUUUCAGUUCAAGAAAACAAGGCUUUCAUUUUGACAGCUUCUUUGCCUUUUCCAUUUUCAAGAAACUGCGGGAUUUGUCAAUUAUCUCAACAUAAUUUUAUUAUAAAUUGUUUUAUGGUAAUUUGCCUAUAAAUUUUUUAGGCAAAAUCCUGAUUUUUAUAAUAAAAAUAUUAUUUGAAUUUUACUAAAUAAAUUAAAAAAAUUAAUUUAAAAGGGAUUAGCUGGAGGAAAUGAGUACAAUUCAGAUGAGCUUACUAGUGAUGCCAUGAUUUUUGAAGGAAAAGCUCUAUCAGGCCGACGAAUUGCAAGUAUGCCAGCUCCUUCUGCAAUGCAAACUUUGAUUUAUAUUGAAAAAAUCAAGCUUGUAUAUGCAGUUGGAGGACUACAAGUAAAAACUAUAGACGAAUCCAAUGAUGACCACUCUGAUCUUAUCCCAGGGAAUUUUUCAGUUUAUGACUUAAAAUUAAAACAAUGGAAUGUCCUCGAACAAAUGCCUAAAAAGCUUUGUUGCCCUACUUGCUACUUUGUAAGGGAUUCUAUAUUUGCAGCUGGUGGAUUUAUUUUGAAACAAGACAAGUUUGCAAGAUAUGAAACCAUAUAUUAUGAUAAAUAACCUACCAGAAAUCAGCUGGACUGAAUAGGCUAUAGUAGUAUUCAUAUUUUUUUUUAAAUUAUUAAAUUUAUUUUUUUUUAUUUUUUUAUAAGAAACCAUCCAGGUUUAUAAUCUUCAAGAAGCCAGAUGGAAAAUUUUACAAUUGAAAUUUACCUUACCAGUUGUAGGAGCUUUAGCUGUCCCUCUAGAGCCAAAACAAAUCCUAAUUGUAGGAGGCAUGAAAGAUUUAAACACCUCAGCCUCUAUGGCUUAUUUAUUUGACGAAGAAGCUGGCUUCAGCAAUUUAAAAGAUUUUAAAGUCAGCAAUAUUCAAUUUGUCCCACCUGUCUACAGGACUGAAAAAUACGUCUAUAUCCUAGCAGAGCCUGAAAUUCUAGGUCGAUAUGACCGAGCUACCAAGGAAUUCGAGCAUUUCCCACUUAUGUCACUUAUGCAACAAAACGCUGACAUAAGGAGCCUAAACACCUUUAACUCCACUUUUAACGGUAUUUAUACCUACCAUUGUGAUUUAAGCAACAAAACAAUUACUACAUUUAACACCCUAUCCCAAGAAAAAUCGUCAAUAAAAUUACAAAGUAUUCAGUAUCGAGAUGCAGGAAUCGCAUUUUUGCCUGAUGGAAGCCUAUUUUUUGCUGGUGGGGUUGCAGCAAAUUCCCCUAAUCCAAAGCCUACAAAUCAGUGCUUUAGGUACGACCCAGUUUCGCAGACUGAAGAAGCGAUGACUCAGCUUCCAAAAGCAUUGAGAGGGAUAAGGCUGAUUUCGACCCAGGACACUAUUAUUGCUAUAGCAGGAUUUGAUGACUCUGAGUCGUCCUACAAAGAAGUCUAUUCCUGUUAUAUAAAAUUUUCUGACCAAAUUUGGGUCGAUUUGCCUAACAUGUUAAUUGCAGUCAGAUAUCCAGCUUGUUGCCUAUUAGAAAAUUCUAUAUAUGUGAUUGGAGGUGAAGAAGUUAUAGAUGAGGGAAUUGAAGAGAUUAGGGACUGUAUACAAGUAUGCGACUUGUCAAGUAUGGUCUGGACAGUCAAAACUCUUAAAUAUAACAUCCCUGCUAAGUGUAUGGGACUUAUCCCAUUUACAGAAAAAACUGUCUUGAUUUUUGGAGGAGAAGAUGCAGAUGGAAAUGAAGUAAAAUCCAGCUAUGAAUUUGAUGGAGAAAAUUUCAGGAAAGCUGAAGACUUGCCUGGAGACGCAGCUGUUAUGCAUUUUGAUGAUCCUGCUUGUAUAAGAGAUGGGGAGGCGUAUAUUUUUAAUAGUGCAGGGGACUUAUAUAGAUUGGAUUUUAAUAGUUUGUCAUGGGAAGAAGUAGAAGCUGAAGAAAAAUCAGUUAAUCAAAUUUAA